GGGCCGGAGGGCGCCUGCGUGCUGAGGCGGGCCGCGGCCCCGCGGGCCGGCUCCGGGACGCCUGCACUGGCGGCGCGGUGGCGGCGGCCGCGGCUGCGGGCGGCGGUUGCGCGGGCGCGGGCGGCGGCGCGCUGACGGCGGCGGCGGGCGCGGGCGCGGGCGCGGGCGGCGGGCGGGGGAAGAUGGCGGAGCUCGGUAAGAAGUACUGCGUGUACUGCCUGGCCGAGGUGAGCCCGCUGCGCUUCCGCUGCACCGAGUGCCAGGACAUCGAACUGUGCCCCGAGUGCUUCUCGGCCGGCGCCGAAAUCGGCCACCACCGCCGCUACCACGGCUACCAGCUGGUGGACGGCGGGCGCUUCACGCUGUGGGGGCCCGAGGCCGAGGGCGGCUGGACCAGCCGCGAGGAGCAGCUGCUGCUGGACGCCAUCGAGCAGUUCGGAUUCGGAAACUGGGUGUUUGCUGAGUGCAGACUUUGGGCAAGACCUGGCGCCCUUCCUGAGUACGAGUUCGUGGACAUAGGAAGACAUGGCUGCUCACGUCGGAGCUUCCCGGACCCCCCAGGAAGUGAUGGAGCACUAUGUAAGCAUGUACAUCCACGGCAGCCUGGGGAAGGCGUGCAUCCCCGACACCAUCCCCAACCGGGUGACCGACCACACCUGCCCCAGUGGGGGCCCCCUCUCUCCCAGCCUCACCACCCCCUUGCCUCCCCUAGACAUCUCGGCGGCCGAGCAGCAGCAGCUGGGCUACAUGCCGCUGCGCGACGACUACGAGGUCGAGUACGACCAGGACGCCGAGACGCUCAUCAGCGGGCUCUCGGUGAACUACGACGACGAGGACGUGGAGGUGGAGCUCAAGCGCGCGCACGUGGACAUGUACGUGCGCAAGCUCCGCGAGCGGCAGCGGCGCAAGAACAUCGCGCGGGACUACAGCCUGGUGCCCGCCUUCCUGGGCCGGGAGCGCAAGGACCGGGAGAGGGCGGCCAAGCGCAAGGUCUGCAAGGAGGAGCGCGAGCUGCGCCUCAAGCUGCGGCCGCUCUACCAGUUCAUGUCCUGCAAGGAGUCCGACGACCUGUUCGAGAACAUGCACAAGGAGAGGCUGCUGCGCGCCAGGAUCCGCGAGCUGCAGCGCUACCGGCGCAACGGCAUCACCAAGAUGGAGGAGUCGGCCGAGUUCGAGGCGGCGCGGCACAAGCGCGAGAAGCGCAAGGAGAACAAGGGCGCGGCGGGCGCCAGGCGCGGCCGCGAGGACGGCAAGGACGCCGAGUUCGCCGCCAUCGAGAACCUGCCCGGCUUCGAGCUGCUGUCGGACCGCGAGAAGGUGCUGUGCAGCUCGCUGAACCUGAGCCCCGCGCGCUACGUGACCGUGAAGACCAUCAUCAUCAAGGACCACCUGCAGAAGCGCCAGGGCAUCCCCUCCAAAAGCCGCCUGCCCAGCUAUCUGGACAAGGUCCUAAAGAAAAGGAUUCUGAACUUCCUCACGGAGAGUGGCUGGAUAUCCAGGGACGCCUCCUGAAGCCCAGGCGCUCCGAAGGCUGGGGUGAUGCUAAUAGCUCAUGAGCCAAAUGACUUGGGGGCUGGGGGGUGCCUCCCCCCGUUGUUUCUCUUUUUUAAACAAAUUGAGUUCCCUUUUUUAGGAUAUAAAUUCUCUUCAUGGUCCUCUGAAAGAAGCAAUAGUAACAAUCUUAUUUCGGAUCAUGGGGGAAACAUACGUGUAUAUUUUAACUUAGUCCUGAAAGUAAUACUUCAGAUGACAAUUUGCCUUUACAUGUUCGGUUUGCAGCGUAUGAGAUUGGGUGAUUACUUUGAGCCUCUUCCCUUUGGUUACACAACUGUGCUGCGGGUACAAGGAGCAAUUUUUCCUGCUGGGCCCACCAGCCACCAGCGUUCCUCGGUGACACCGAGCUCCGAGGAGGCUCCCCUGGAAGGCCCACUGCUGCACACGACACCCACACGUGGCACUUUAGAUGGAGCCCGUGGGGUGGGUGGGCAGUGAGGCCAGGGAACCACAGGUUGUUUUCUUUGCAACGUUAGAAGAAGAAUCUUAGGUAGAGCAGUGCCGGCAAUGGCAAUUUGAGCUCGUAGUUCCCAAUCCCAGCACCGCCCUGACCUCCUUCGCUAUGGGCAGAGCCCCCUCAGCUCCCGGUGGGGAAGAGCAGCACCCCUGGGUGGGCAGGCUCCCUGGUGUACAGAGAAGGCCCAGGGGCAGGGAGCACGUUAGUGGGUCACACACGCCUUCAAACUGAGCCGGCUUCCCUGGGGGGCUUCUGCUGGCUGUGCAUUUUACUUGGAAGAACACAUUUAGAAAGUUCAAGGCUAAGAAUUUGAGUUCUGGUGUUUGUUUUUUCCCAAGAUCCUCAUCUUAGUUUAAGUACUUCUUGCUGAAGCUGACCAUGCUAGCCCUGCUAAGCGUCUUCCUAGGGCCUUAGGCCGUGUCAGGUGCUGAGCACCAGGGCAGCUCACAGGGUGGCUCUGUGGACUGCUGCCUCUCUCGAUUGCUGUCCUGAACCAGACCCCGGCGUGGCUUCUGCCCAGCCCUGUCGGUUUUCCAGAGGCUGUGUCAUGGCCGUACACGGUACCUUCCAGGGGCUCGAGGAAGGCAUCUGUCCUCCAGCUGCUCAGGGUUCUCAUGCCCAAGACCCUGCUUUAAGAGGUGGCAGAGUGACAGCACACCCGGCUCUCCACUCCGCCCGGAGCUUGCCCUGCUGCUCCUGCCCCCACAGCUCAAAACAAGACUGUUUACCUCCCAGAAUAUUUGGGCUUGAAGUUAAAGCAAAGUUAUUUGAAAGAAAAAAGAACAACCUCAUUUCCAAGGACUUAAUUACGGUGCCUUUUCCUUUCCUUUUACAUCCUGUCUCCCCUUGGGUAAAUUUUUCAGCAUUAAACAAAACAUUUCAAUUA